CACGCCAUUAUCGGCAUAUGCAGAAUGUACUCGUAUGUAACUACAUAUGUACAUACUAAAUUUGCUGUUUUAUAUUUUAUUCCCAUAAUUUACGGCAGCAGCAGGGUUACUGAUCUCAAUAUAUAAACACGGUGACCAUUGCUUCGCCUUUCAACAUUUCUAUUUUAGUCGACAACGAAAUUGCAAGUGGUUGUAGAGUAUAUAUUUAACUGGUCUCGUUAUCCGUAAAAUUUCAUAAAAAUCCGACUCCAUUGAGUUUUCGCUAAAAUGCACUUAAAAUAUUCAACCUUAGUAAUUAUUGCUGCCGGUCUACAAUUAUUAAUGGUAAAUUGUUCCAUCGACUCUGCAACUCUAAACGUAUCUCAAAUGUUUGACGGUAUAAUACCCAAAAAUCGUACUGAAUCUGAAGUUUAUCAGCCAAUUAUUACGACAACGACGACUACUGAAUCUAGUGUCACGCCACCACAACUUUCAAAAACCAUGGAACAAGAACUUCGCAACGUGUUGAACCUAUUGCCAUUUUCAAUACGAGAAUUAUCCCGAAAUUACAUUGCCACCCGGUUAAAACGAAUUGUUCUUCUCACAUCAACACCUCCAGCAGAUAGUCCAAACUCCACUCAUCAAGAUGACGUUCCUAACAACCUCACCCUUGAUCUCACGACUUUAAACAAAAACAAAAGUAAACCAUAUAACCCUCACGGGAAAAGGAUGCUGGGGUCGGAUUUGGUUCCCAUAAUUCCGGACGGAGCUCCAACCCCGAAAUCGAUUCCGGGAGAGUUGAUUGCUUCUCAUAUUUCGAAGAGAGAAAUACAAUUAAUUAACGAGAGCAUGUUCGGUCCCUUAAAAUCAGUGACCAUGUUCCCCUCCGUCAUGUCGUCCAUUUUAGUCUUUCCCAGGCGUUAUAAUCCUGAAAAGUUGGCUCAAGUUCUCAAGUUCAAUUAUGGCGUGGAAGCUGAACCGAAUGGUCUGAUUGUGGAAGCUAAAAAGUAAAAUAAGAUAAAUAAUUGCGAUAUUUUAUAAAAUUACGAACAAGCCGAGAGAGAAAGUAUAUUUUUGCAGUAAAAAGAUCCUAUAAAAUAAAAUAUUACAAGCAUACAUAUCUACAAACCAAAACUAAUGUUCCUUUAUGUUCCAUGUUACUUGUAGCCAUUUCAUUAUUGUCCAAAAAUCUGCAAUAAAUGCACCAAAUAAAUGUUA